CAAAACAACAGCAGCUGUGGACCCUUCAAUGUUUUUUUUUUUUUUUGGGUCUUCGUCUAUUUUAAACAGCGCUAAUGGAGAAACCAAAUUUCCUAAUUAGGGGUGUGGCUGAUAGUACACGUGACACGAUGCCACAGUCUUUAAUCUUUGGACUGUGAUUUUUUUUUGGGAUUUUCGAAAAAGCUAGCUUCUAGACCUUUGACUGGACCCAGCGCAAAACGACAUGUUGCACAUGCAUUCUGCGCUGCAUAUUUUUGACUUUCUACAGCAAAUUCAAAGCUCCAUCAGCGAGGCAGACUUUGACAUUCUGCUAGCGGAACUGUCUUCAAGUGACUUUAUUCCCGACAAGCAAGCACCCUCACAGUUCACUGUGUCAAUAGCACAUGAAAUACCCCAUCCACUGAUAGCCGAACUCAAAGAUAUUUCAACAACGGCCAUGGCGAAACCUACAUUUCAUUCUAUGAUAAAGAGGAUAGCUGAUGGAUAUAAUCUUCUGGAAAAGGUUGCCUCCGUCCUCAAGGAAGAUUAUCUGAUAGCAGACUUUAUAGAAGCCAUGCGCAUCGGAGACCCGUAUGCAACACCUCAGGAAGUUACAGCCAGCGUCAAUGCAUUUGUCGAAAGCCUGGAACCACCGGCUCUACAAGAUGAAGUGAAUUCUAUACUUGAUAGCAAACGGUGCGAAAAUAGUAUCGCUUUGAACUAUCCACAGCUCGUAGAAGCGCACAAUAUCAUACAAGAUGAAGUUGUAUAUCAGCGAUUUGUUGAAUUGCUGGAAGAUUGUGCCAUGGAGGGCUCAUUAUGGCCACAAAUUAUUGCACGCAUUUACGAACUCAUUCAAUCUCAAAGACCGCAAGUAUGGGAGCAGUUGGGCUUACUGCUCGAUAGAGUAUCUCGGACCGAUGACAAGCCUACUAAUUCAAAUCGCGAAGAAUUCGUCAAACGCAACUUUCUCGACAGUGGUAGCAGACCAGAAUUGGACGCUGACAUAGACCGUGCACGUAUGGAGCACACGCUAGGAUUAUAAUACUCUUCUUUCAUUUUCUUAAUAACGGAUGGCUUAAUAAUGUCAUUUGCCAGCCCCCCACCCCAACGCAUUCAUCAUCUCCGUACUCAAAAAAGUUGCAGUCAUUGCUGUAGAUCUCUCAUUCAUGUAACAAGUACUCGAAUUUUAUUUUGUAAAUAAAAAGAUUUGGACCUCAUAUGAUA